AUGACCGGCUGUGGCUGCUCUGGGGGCUGUGGCUGCUCCGGGGGCUGUGGCUCCAGCUGUGGGGGCUGUGGCUCCAGCUGCUGUGUGCCCGUCUGCUGCUGUAAGCCCGUGUGCUGCUGUGUGCCAGCCUGUUCCUGCUCCAGCUGCAGUAAAGGGGGCUGUGGCUCCAGCUGUGGGGGCUGCAAAGGGGGCUGUGGCUCCAGCUGUGGGGGCUGCAAGGGGGGCUGUGGCUCCAGCUGUGGAGGCUGCAAGGGGGGCUGUGGCUCCAGCUGCUGUGUGCCCAUCUGCUGCUGCAAACCCUGCUGCUGCCAGUCCAGCUGCUGCAAACCCUGCUGCUGCCAGUCCAGCUGCUGCAAACCCUGCUGCUGCCAGUCCAGCUGCUGCAAACCCUGCUGCUGCCAGUCCAGCUGCUGCAAACCCUGCUGUGAGCCUGUCUGCUGCUGCAAACCCUGCUGCUGCCAGUCCUGCUGCUGCAAACCCUGCUGUGCCCCCGUUUGCUGCCAGUGCAAGAUCUGA